CACUUUCUCCUUUUUCCUUCAUAAACCCCGCUGCUUUACAUCAUCUUUUUCAUGUGUGUGUGCUUCUUCUUUAACUGAGGGCAGUAAUGGAGAAGGAAAACGAUGCUUGGUUUGAUAGAUUUGGAGAUGAGGGGCUUGUGAGUGAUCUUCUUGACGAUCAAUCUCCUUUCUUUAUGCUGGCACAAGAGUCGACUGAUUAUGUUCAAGGAUCAUCAAAUAUUGAAGAGGCUGACACAAACAGACUUAUGGCGACUACGUAUUCUGGUCCCCGGGUUGAAGAUGUUGAGAAUGCUUUAUCAUCGGUCACAACAACGGAAGACCAAAACCAACAACUACUUCAACAAGCUAGAAUUUCAUUGCUGGAAAGAGGAUUGAAUGGUAAAAUAGAGAACAAGUAUACUUUAAAGAUCAAGUGCUGUGGCAAUGGAAUGGCUGAUGAUGGAUAUAAAUGGAGAAAAUAUGGGCAAAAAUCCAUCAAAAACAGUCCAAAUCCCAGUUUCUCCAAGCUCGCCUGCGUCUUUUCCGGCUCUGUACGCUUCUCGCUCCGGAGUCACCCGUGCCGAUUCACACUCCUCACUGUGUCACCGCAGGAAUCGCUUUUAUCCGCUGCUCAGAGCAAUGCCUGCAUUUCGCCUGGCCAUGGAGGGUUAAGUGCACGAUUGUCGAAUUUGGAUUUGAUCCUCGCAAACCCUACGGUUCGGCGUUUUUUCUGCGGUGGAGCACCCAAGAAGAGUAGUCAGUUGAUGUUUCAUCUUUGUUAUUUUCUGUUUAGAAAGCUCACUAACCCUUUUUUUUACGUCAAAAAGGAAAGAACUUUUGCUUAUUACUUUGAAUGCCUUGAUGUAGUGUGUGAGAAUUACCGUCCAAAGAACAAGACUGAAAUUCCCAAAAGCAAAUAAAGGGAAAUCCCAGUCCAAAGGUAACCUAUUGAGUGUAAUUAUUUUCUUUUUGCCCACUUGAAUCUUGCAAUGAUUGCUUGAGAAUUUAUUAAUGUGUUUGGAGUAGGACUUAUGAGAUGGGCAGCUAUUGGGUAUGUAUUUUGUCCUGUCCAUUGUUCUAUUUCCAUUGGAAUAGAGUGAUUUUUCCUGUGGCCUUCUUGAAUUUCAGUUGUAUUUUGAUGGCUCUGGAUGUUCACCUUACUGUGCUACUCUAGCUUAUAAGAUAUACUGACAUUUUUUUUCUCCUUGCUGACACACAAAAAGGGAACAUUUCUAUACUAAACUUACUCUAACAAUCUUCUCUGUCCAUGAUUUAAUUUUUGUUGGACAAUGUGGAAUCUGCAAAAUUAGAGAAAACAUUUUAAUUUGGUGGAGACUGGAGUCUUUUGCAAAUUACUGUCAAAGUCAACAGUUUGUGCUGUGGAAAACAUGACAAUACUAUUGAAAAGGUUACAAUUAUUUGGUAAAAUUAAGAAAUUGUGUGUCGUAGA